UUGCGGUGGCUCUAUGCUAGCGCUCCUGCUCCGAACGGCUCUUCCCUGCCCUCAGUGCCCACCGUCAACCGUCCUCAUCUGUCUCGUUGGUGUUUUUGUUGCGUCUUCCGAGAGGUGAGGGCGAAGUUUGGACUUAGUGCGUCUCUUUUUGCUGUUGUUGCGAAUCAAGAAUGGUGCGUUCUGAACCUAAGUCGUUCCAGUGAGGAGUUCAGUAGCAUGGGGUUUGAGUGCAGAGAAUAAGGCAGGGUGUUGACCACUUGAGGACAUGGUUUGAGGGUUGAAUGACGCGCCAGCAAAGAGAACACGCGAGAAGGUGAAGUGGAGAGUGUGGUGGUGGCUGUUAUUGGCAGACGAGAUGGUGAUGUUGCCCGCUGUAGAUGUUUUUGUCCAUUGGACGUAAGACGGGGGACGCGGGGGCGUCUGCGUAUCGAAGAGCGUGGAAGUCUAACGUUCACUUCAUUAGUUGAAGCGGGAUAUCGUAAGCGGAGGUAUGAAGGGCGCGACAGUGCAAAUUGCUUGGCAUGGCUCGGAGCCAGUACUAUCUCUUGAUUUCCAUCCUCACUCUGGCCUUCUCGCCACUGCCGGUGCCGACCACGACAUUAAGAUUUGGUCGGUUCACCAGAAAGAGUCUGGCUCGCCAACUGUUGAGUUUGAGGCCGACCUAUGUUAUCACUCAAAGGCAGUGAAUGUCUUACGUUUUUCUCCAUCGGGUCAAUUGCUCGCAUCUGGGGGUGAUGGCGGUGAGAUACUAAUCUGGAAACCUAUUGAAAGAGCCGAUAAAAAGCCCAGCUGGAAGGUUCUGAAGACACUUCAGCUACAUGUGAGGGAUGUUCUGGAUCUCGCAUGGUCUCCCGACAGCUUGUCGUUGAUGUCGGGAUCUGUGGAUAAUCAGUGCAUGAUUUGGGAUGUAGUAUCAGGUAAAGUUCUACAAGUUUUAAAUGACCAUCAACACUUUGUCCAAGGCGUUGCUUGGGAUCCAGCAGGGGAGUUCUUGACAUCAAUUAGCUCGGAUCGUACGUGCCGGAUCUAUUCGCGCCAGUCGGUGCCCAAGUCCAAGAAAAGAAAGUUAGCUGUCGUCCAGAAUAUGUUCACUUGCAAACAAGUCCUUGCUAAAUCGGAUGCUCUACCGUCCAAGACCAACAUCACAAUAGAUGCUGAUGGCAGAGUAGCGAAGGCUAGUCAAUUAUUUCAUGACGAAACUUUACCAUCGUUCUUUCGAAGGCUUGCCUGGUCACCAGAUUCAUCUUUCUUGGUUGUUCCCUCAGGUCUGCAUAGAAUUGCACACGAGGCUCCAUCUUGCAACGUGUCCUUUAUUUUCUCCAGGAGUGACCUGUCAAGGCCUUGUAUUCAUCUUCCAGCUCCAACUAAGCCAGUUGUAGCUGUCCGGUUCUGUCCAGUUAUCUUUUCUCUACGAGAGAAUGAAACUGAAAAAGGAAGUAGCUCUGGAUUCGCACUACCGUAUCGACUGGUGUUUGCUGUGGCAACACUUGAUUCGCUAUAUGUGUAUGACACACAGCGCAGUGAACCAAUCGUAAUCUUUGCCGGAAUCCAUUAUGCUGCAAUAACGGACAUUGCAUGGUCUGCGGAUGCCCAGUAUGUGGCUGUAUCAUCACAAGAUGGCUAUUGCAGUUUGUUAAUAUUCCAUGGAAACGAGCUUGGUACAAAGCUCUCCAGCGGUGACGUCCCCGCCAAUAUUGCGAAAUUUCUUCCAGAAAACUUGCUAGGAAAACCUCAAGAGUCGUUACCCAACUCAACGGAGCUCUCUCAGGUUUCGGAACCUGUCGGACUUAUGAACGAAGAACAGAGUUCCCCCAUAGUUAUUUGCCCUCGUCCAUUGAAGCAUCGGCGUAUUACACCAACCGCCCUUCCAGCCACCUGUUCUCCAAUUGUACAGAAACAAAUCGCAGACCAAACGUCAAUCACCGUCUCCGACAAAAAACUUCAGAGGAUCACUCCAAUCGCUCUGACUGAGGAUGGUCCCUCAAGUUCUGGAAACUGUUUGGACACAGAAACCGUCCACACGCCUUCAAGUACUCAGAAUAGUUUGUCAGCUGUGCAAGCUGCAGAUGCAGCCGAAACUCCCGACAGUUCAACCUGUGAGGCGUCUUCUCCAGGUGCUAAGAAACGCCUACGCAUCAACCCUAUUCCUAUUCUUGCUGGUGAAGGAGCCUUGAACUCCGGUGGGAACGUCAUCCCGAGACGGAGGCCUACGGAUUGUGACCAGAGUGCCUCCAUCGCUAAAUUUAGGAGCUUAGAGUCAUGCCUCCAAGAACAGGGAGUUGCAGGCCCUGCCACAGUGUCGACCGAGUGAUCCCAAGAACUCGCGCUGCUUAGCAUCUCAUCGUUGCAGGUAGACCCACAUUUUAACUGGCCCAUGUGACGUGGAUUGAACGGUCUCAACCCCCGAAAAGUCCCUGUUUCCAAAACCACAGUUCGUGGAUACCACGCCCCAGAUCGAUUGCGGAACAGAGGAUGACGUUUGCGGAUUAUUUCGUAUUUUGUGGAGUAUUCGUCUCCGGACUUCAUGCUUCAGCCAUCCUCAUGGAUUCCAUUCAUGUCAAUCGUCAGGCAUUCCACCGAUUGUAUCCACAGAGAGGUUUUGUCAGUAACAUAGUAGCAGAACAUUUUUAGGAAUUCAGAGUCGCACUUGAGCGAUUUAAUGUCGUUUUCUUUCAUCAGAUAGAAGUUGGAGUGAGCUCAUGAUGUUAAAUAGGAUUUACCGUGUGAUAAUUUCGCACCAUUGCGUAAAUAAUGAUUACACCAAGAUCUGAAAUGAUCCACUAAUUCACUAGCACCUGUUCGUACUCAA